CGCAAAAGAAGCAGAGUAAUUUGUUGAUAUCCUGCUUGGUAGUAUUCAUUUAGAAUUUGGUAUUUCCAAGGCAAAUAUAUCCCCAGCGUAGGGGUUUGAUUUGAAUUGGGCAGCACAGUUAACUAGAACGUUAUCUAUAUGAAGGGCUGAUGGAAGACACACGGGAUUUGGCUGAACGCACCCCACGUUCAGAGCGUAAACGGAGAGACUCGUUCGGGAUGUUUGAUGGCUAUGACAGCUGCAGCGAGGAGUCCACCAGCAGCUCCAGCUCAGAGGACAGUGAGGAUGAGGUGGUGCCCUCCAUCCCUGCCAGCCUGCCCAUCAUCAAAAACAAUGGCCAAGUCUACACCUACCCUGACGGCAAGGCUGGAAUGGCCACUUGUGAGAUGUGUGGAAUGGUUGGUGUACGAGAUGCUUUCUACUCAAAAACUAAGCGCUUCUGCAGCGUGUCCUGUUCGAGGAGUUACUCCUCAAAUUCCAAAAAAGCUAGCAUCUUGGCAAGACUCCAAGGCAAACCACCAACAAAAAAGGCAAAAGUCUUACAAAAACAGCCUCUAAUGGCAAAGUUGGCAGCUUAUGCCCAGUACCAAGCAAGUCAACAGAACCAGGCCAAAUCAAAAGCUGUGGUCCCUGCAGAGAGCUUUGACUGGGGUCGGUAUAUCUGUAGCAAUAACACGACUGGAGCUCCAGUCAGCUGUUUCAAGCACGCUCCUAUGGGGAUGUGCUGGGGAGACAUAGAAGAAGGAGUGAGGAUUGAAGUGCCUAACUCCGACACCAGCCUCUCUACUAAAGUGUACUGGAUAGCAGAAAUCAUUAAGCUAGCAGGGUUCAAGGCUCUCCUGCGUUAUGAGGGCUUUGACAACGACAGCAGUAAGGACUUCUGGUGUAAUCUCUGUAUCCCUGAGGUGCACCCGGUGGGAUGGUGUGCUUCAAGCGGCAAGCCCCUUGUACCUCCAAAAAGUAUACAGCAUAAGUACUCUAACUGGAAAGUCUUUCUUGUGAAACGUCUCACUGGAGCUAAAACACUGCCACCUGACUUUAAUGCCAAGGUACACGAGAACAUGCAGUUCCCCUUUAAGAAGCUGAUGCGGGUAGAGGUGGUGGAUAAGAACUACCUGUGCCGGACACGGGUGGCGCUGGUGGAGCAGGUGAUCGGGGGUCGCCUCAGGCUGGUCUAUGAGGAGAGCCAGGACCGGUCCGAUGACUUCUGGUGCCACAUGCUCAGCCCCCUUAUCCAUAAUAUCGGCUGGUCGCGCAGCAUAGGGCACCGCUUCAAACGAUCUGACAUUGCAAAGAAAAUGGAGGGUCAAGUUGAUGCGCCUGCACAGCUCUUCCAGAAGGUGAAAGAUGUGGACCAGAGUGGGGAAUGGUUCAAGGAUGGGAUGAAGUUGGAAGCCAUUGACCCACUCAACCUCUCAGCUAUAUGUGUAGCCACUGUAAGAAAGGUGUUGGCAGACGGGUACCUCAUGAUUGGGAUCGAUGGUUCGGAGGCAGUGGAUGGAUCAGACUGGUUCUGCUACCACAGCACCUCCCCCUCCAUCUUCCCUGUCGGCUUCUGUGAAAUCAACAACAUUGAACUCACGCCCCCUAGAGGGUACACUAAACUGCCAUUUAAAUGGUUUGACUACCUCAGAGAAAUGGGUUCAAUAGCUGCUCCUGUGAAGCUCUUUAACAAGGAGGUUCCCAAUCAUGGUUUCCGGCAAGGCAUGAAGCUGGAGGCUGUCGAUUUAAUGGAGCCACGGCUGGUGUGUGUCGCCACGGUGACGAGGAUUGUGCACCGGUUACUGAGGAUCCACUUUGACGGCUGGGAGGAUGAAUACGACCAGUGGGUGGACUGCGAGUCACCUGACCUUUACCCUGUGGGCUGGUGUCAGCUGACGGGCUACCAGCUCCAACCCCCUGCCUCCCAGAGUAACAGGGAAAUGCCUCAGUCCGUACCUAAGCAAAAGAAAAAGGCCCAACAGUACAAAGGACAAAAGAAAAAGAGGAAGAUUCCGGUUGGUCGACGGCCCUUCAGUCAGGCAGGCAGGAGGAGGAGCAGCUUCUCGGGGGACGAAGAGCAGAGUCCGCCCCCUUACCCUGCCCAGGGGCCCACUCGGCCCCGACCCCGAACCCACCUCCACCAAACCCACAAAUCAGAGUCUCUCCUGCGAAUGAAAGAAGAGACGGCCGAGGUGGACGAGUUUACCUUCUCACAGGGCACGUCUGACCAGGAGAGCAACGGCUCAGGCAGCUACUACAUCAAACAAGAGCCCUGAGGUCACGAGGUCAGGACAGAGCAGGACGAACCAGGUCGGAACAUGCCUCUGGAAAACCCCAGCAAGGAUCAGGAAUGUGGAUAUUGAAACCAGCCGUGAACCACACUCAGACCAAUUCCACGGGCCUUCUUUGGAGUCAGUACAGGGGAUGGCGAUGAGAAGUACAAGGGGGAUCGUCUUCAAUCUUCUGAAAAAUCCUGAAGGGAACAAUUUUCUAACCCUUGUAGCUGUGUGUGCACAUAAUCACUCACAAAACCUUUAUGAUUGACAGGUUGGAAAGCACCCAGGAUCGGGCCUGGGUCACACAUGUUUGGGCAUUCUCUUUCGUACCUCCCUUGGGUGACGCAACAUCAUUCUCUACUCUCCAGUCUGAAACAGCCAUCUAGACAGGAGACGUCUGGGUUGAUUUCAUAAAAACAACCCUUUUUCUUCAGAAAUGGGGGUCCUGCAAGUCGACAUCAGCCCACCCUGCCUCUGCCACAAUCUGGGCCGCGCACAGAGACCUGAAGAAACUGUGAGAACCUAUUAUUGAGCCAGGUCUUAAGUUUUGUUUCGUUGUUUUCUGUUUUGGUUUGCUUUCAGGUCAGAGAGUCAGCUACUGAAUGGCCUGAGGAAAAGAGAGAAGAGAGGCUGGCAGUCAGAGGGACAGAGUUGUGUAUAUUUGGAUUUUUUUUUUCUUAACAAUAUUGCCAGGUGGACUUAAACUUUGUUAAUAGUACUUGAAGUUUUUCUUUUCUUUUUUUUUUUUUCCUUUUUUUCUCUGUUUUGUAAUGAUUUUUUUGUCUUAAUGUACUUAUUUUGCAUUUACAUUUUUGGUGGCUGUGUGGGGAAAUUUAAUGUUCAUUGUUUCAUAAAAGUGAUUAUAUUCAUAUAGUAUGUGGAUACCUAUUCAAAUAGAACUACAGAGUAUAGAUAUUAAGGAUUUGAAGAGAGAUCUUAGUACAUUAAUGAAGUUGACCUUUUUUUUUGUAAUACAUUUUGUUUCUUUCAAUAUUGGCCAGGAAAUUUCCACAGCUGCAUUCAUUCUGAUUCAAACAUUACAGUACCAAAGUCUGUUUCAAGCUCAGUUUCCAAUGAGAAGUAAUAACACAAGUUUAUUUGAGAAUCUGAAACCAUCUUGUCAUUUUAAAUUAGUAAUUGGUUAUUGAGAUGUUUAUAAAUGAUCAGAUUAAUCAACUCAACUAAUUAUGUUAACAUUCAAAAAAAAUUACCGUACAUCAGAGUUGCACCUGCCGCCUUUUUUUUUCCUUUGGAUUUGUAUUGAAAGGAACAGUUCACCCAGAGAUUUCUAUUAAUUUUUUUGUUAUUAACCUGGACCCAGUGUCGAUCUAAAGUCUACAAAACAUU